UGCCCGGCAUGGGGCUGCUGACCGAGCUGGCCCGCGGGCUGGUGCGGGGAGCCGACCGAAUGUCCCCGUUCACCAGCAAGCGCGGCCCACGGACCUACAACAAGGGCCGAGGGGCCAAGAGGCCGGGCGUGCUCACCUCCAACAACAAGUUCAUCCGAAUCAAGGAGAUGGUGCCCGAGUUCGUCGUUCCUGACCUGGAGGGCUUCAAGCUGAAGCCUUACGUGUCGUACCGCGCCCCCGAAGGCUCCGAGUCGCCCAUGACGGCCAAGCAGCUCUUCAGCGAAGUGGUAGCUCCCCACAUCAAGAAGGACGUGGAGGAAGGCACCUUCGACCCCAACAACCUGGAGAAGUACGGCUUCGAGCCCACGCAGGAGGGCAAGCUCUUCCAGCUCUUCCCCAAGAACUACGCGCGGUAGGGAGCGAGCAUCGGGGCUCUCGAGCUGCUGCACCGCGCUGAGGUGUGAGCCACCGCCAGCACGGACGGGACACCUUCGGUCACUGGCCAUUAAAUCAAAUCCUGCC